AAAACAACAAAUUAGAAAUUAAAAAUCCCCAAACUUGUUCGUUCUUUCAUUCUCAUCUUCUUCCUGCUAUUACCAUUUUCUCUCUCCUAGGGUUAAGCUUCUCAAUCCAGAAAAAUCAAUGGCGUCAACCAGGAAGAUUACACUGAAAAGCUCAGAUGGUGAGACAUUCGAGGUAGAAGAAACGGUUGCUUUGGAAUCUCAGACGAUUAAGCAUAUGGUUGAAGAUGAUUGCGCUGAUAAUGUUAUCCCUUUGCCGAAUGUUACGAGCAAGAUCCUUGCUAAGGUGAUUGAGUACUGUAAGAAGCAUGUCGAUUCUCCUAAAUCAUCGUCUGAUAACGCCGCUGCUGCUGCCGAUCGUCAGGUUGAUGAUGAACUUAAGACUUGGGAUGCUGAUUUUGUCAAAGUUGACCAGGCUACCCUCUUCGAUCUCAUCCUUGCUGCCAACUACCUGAAUAUCAAGAGCUUGCUGGACUUGACUUGUCAAACCGUUGCUGACAUGAUCAAGGGAAAGACACCAGAAGAGAUCAGGAAGACAUUCAACAUCAAGAAUGACUUUACUCCGGAGGAAGAGGAAGAGGUUCGCAGGGAGAAUCAGUGGGCCUUUGAAUGAUGCUGUGGCAUUGGGGAAUACAAUGAAGCCCGUGGGAAGGAUGUGUUUGGCUAUUCUAUGAAUGAAUAUACCAAUGAAUUUAUGCCUCUUGUAGUAGAAAUUGAGAUUCCUGACUUGGUCUCAUCUUUAUUCUUCUGUCUUAGAAUGUACUCUUCAGUGGUGAGACAAAGAUGGAUUGUAAAUAAUAGUAGUCUUAUGGAGGGUUGCUGCUUGUGGGUGACUGCUACUGAUGGUAGCCCCAUCUUCAGACAGUCACACCUUCCAUCUUUUAAUCAUGUAUGUGAAUUGUGGGGUACUUUGCAUUCAUAACUUAAAUUUUAUGUUUCUGAUUUCUUUGAGAUUUA